AUGGAGACGGGGAGCAUCACGGAGGAUUAUCCUCACGAGAUAGACGAGCCGACGGGUUUCGACUCCUCAGACUCCAUGAAGAGCAUGAUCGAGAAGUUAAUCUCGAUACCCAGAAAUGACCUGCAGCAGAAGCUGGACCCUUUGGAUCAAGCCAUGGACCUGAUGUCUGCCUACAUGAAUUCAUUAUUCUGGAUGUACUUGGUCACACAAGGAGUGAAUCCCAGAGAACAUGGAAUCAAACAGGAACUGGAGCGAAUAAGGACUUAUAUGAACAGGGUCAAGGAGAUCACAGACAAGAAGAAAGCAGCCCGUCUGGAUAAAGGAGCAGCUUCACGCUUCGUCCGGAAUGCACUUUAUGAACCAGACGACAAAGAUUCAAGGAAAGAGAAGGGAUCCAAGAAAACGGCAGAUACAAAACCUGACGCUCCAAGUUCGAAGCGUUCAAAGGCGAACUGAAACAAAGGACGUUUUAAAAACUGCUUUCGUUCAGUUUGGACAAGAGCAAUGAAAUGCAACACGCAAAGUCAAAGCUUAUGGCUUCUUGAUGGAUCAUCGCACAAGACCACAUUUCAUACAGAGCAUUUCAAGAAGCUGUUUCAGAAUGGGAUUGUAGCUUUGAGUCAGCUUCUGUGUCUGUAUCGGUCUCCCAAUUAAUUUUUUUUUUUAUGGAGAUUGUUUUUAACAUGGCAAUCUUUGUUUUUAAGGUAUUUUGUCGUAUUGAUACAAUAAAUUGCUCCGCAUUUUGAUCCAAAUUGGUUGGUCAAAGGAACGUUAUCAGUUUCUCAGAUCUUUUUCUACCCUUUAACAUUUAAUGGUAGAUAAACUCAUCAGGUUUAAGUUGUUGUCAUGGAUACCAGCCCUUUCUACCCUGCUUACUAACACCUGAAUACACAUUUAUGGUCAAUUUCAUAAGUCCAUGCUUGUAGUUUUCCUUCCAUAACUUUUCAAAUAAAUUUUUUUAAAAUAUG